AUGCAGACGAAAGAUGUUGGCAGCUCCGACAAAGCGCUCGCCUCGGCAGGAGUCGAUGUUCAAGCAGCCCACAAAGACAAGGCUUUAGCGUUACUCGCAAAAGUCGAUAUUGAAUUUGAUCCUAGUUCAGAAACUGCGAAACGCGUCCUCAGAAAGAUCGACAGCAGAAUUUUGCCAUUGGUAUAUAGUAUUUACAUCUUCAUGUUGAUUGACAAGAACAGCAUGUCUUAUGCAGCUAUCAUGGGAAUUAGGACCGACUGCAACCUCACCGAUAGCCAGUAUUCCUGGCUCGGCUCUCUUGUCUAUUUUGGCUACCUCGCUGGCGAUAUUCCAUCAAUGUGGUUCAUGCAGAACUAUCCUCUUGCUAAAGUGUUUGCGAGUGUCAUCAUACUCUGGGGUGUUGUGCAUGCCUUACAUGCCGCAGCUGUCGACUUUGCGAGCCUUGGCGUCCUUCGAUUUUUCCUAGGAUUUUUCGAGGUUUAUACAGCGCCCGCUAUUAUCAUCAUCUUCGGUGCCUGGUACACCAAGAAAGAACAAGUUUCCCGUUUGACGAUCUGGUACACCUGCUACGGAUCCUCCAACAUUCUUAGUGGCUUACUUGGAUGGGCAAUAAAUCAGGCCGCGGGCUUUCGCUGGCAAGCCCUAUUCAUCUUCUAUGGUGUUGUUACAGUGGUCAUCGGCGCCCUCUCCUGGGUUUUUCUAGCCGCGUCACCGACGGAUGCUUGGUGGCUGACGGACGAGGAAAAGACGAUUGCGCUGGAGAGAGUCCGACACAAUAAAACCGGUACAGAGGUGUGGCGGUUCAAUCGUGCCCAGCUUAAGGAAGCAUUUCUCGACGUUCGCUUCUGGAUUAUAUUCCUGCUCGAUGUCUCACUUGGCUUACCGCUCGGCGGUGUAGCUCUCUUUGGACCCACCAUUAUUCGGAAUCUUGGAUUCAGCUCCUCAGAAUCGAUGCUUCUUAACAUGGCGCCUGGAGGAGUGUCCAUCAUAAUAGUUCUCCUUGCAUUUCCCCUGGCAAGACUCACUAAUAGAACAGUUGCUGGUGUCAGCAUCUUCAUCAUCUCAAUCAUAGGUUGCGUUAUGAUGCUUACCAUUCCCGCUGACUAUAACGCCGCUCGUUAUGGAGGCUACGUUCUUACUAUACAAUUCCCGAAUUGCGUCCCAUUUAUUGUCACGAUGAUGACAGCCGGCGUUGGCGGUACGACGAAGAAAUUCGCGUUUUCUUCUGCGUAUCAGUUGGGCUAUACCGUCGGGAACCUUAUUGGGCCACAGACCUAUCGAGCUUCAGACGCGCCAAACUAUUACGUAGGUCUGACUUCCAAAUAUGAGAAGCAACUUGCUAAGUCAUACCUUUUUGCAUCUACAGACCGCAAAGUACACGAUGCUGGCGUUUCUAGUACUUUGUGCCCUUCUGUUCGGCAGUCUGGGUUUGAUACAUAA